AUGUCGUCCAUGUCGCGAUUGGUGUCGUUUGCCUCUCGCUCCAUCCGAGUCUCUGUCGCCGACACUGGCUCAGAUUCCUCCUCAAACAGCCGUCGCCAGAGCUCAGACUCGAUUUGGCCCGUCGCUAUGGCACCCACGACCCAUCGUCUCGCCGUCCGCAAGCUCAUGGCCUUGGACCCAAGACUCGACAUCGAGGUUGAUGACGAUGACACGGCGACUGCUGACUUUGUUACAGCGUCAUCUCACUCGACGGACGCCGGUCAGCAGAUCAGCGCGGGUCUGGCGGUAGAAAUUGGCAACACGGCCGGACCGGCGCUGACCGAUCUGUGCCCGCCCGAGGCUGUGGCCGCCGGUAAGGCUUGCUCAGAGACAAUCAAGGCUGUUCCGGUCACUACGUCGUAUCUUGUACCGCUCGCGCACCUGCCGAGCACCGACACAAGCGAGAUAGUGCUGACCCCCGAGCUGGUUGUCCGUCUCUGGCGCGGUGAGAUCUCCGAGUGGUCGCACCCGGACAUCGCCGCCCUCAACCCGGGUCGGAACAUGCCAAACGCCACGGUCGUCCUCAUCCGGUACGAGUCACCAGUCGUCGACCAUGUACUCAAUGAGGUGCUGGUGAGGAUGCGUGAGAACUCAGCACCACAUCCGCUCUCACCUCCCCACACUCGCAAGCAAUCGCUGACAUCGGCCGUCGAAAGCGGUGUUGCCGUCCUUGACACGCUGUAUGCUUUUACGGUACUUACCUCCGAGGCGUACGACCCGCAUUGGGCGUCAGUCGUGCAGGUGCCGCGGCUGAAGGGGCUUGGUGAUCGUGCCGCAGUCUCCCUCUCUCACGGCUCGGUUCUCGCUGCGACCUCCGCGCUCCGGCUCGAUGCGCUCAGCCCGCUGCUCACCGCCGCCGAGUUUGGCUGGCCGCUCACCUACGUCGAGUGGGUCAUGCUUCCGAGCGCACUCAACGAGGUUGAUGCCGCCGUGUGUGCUACCCUCCGCAGUACGGUCCUUGGUUUCAUCCACAUCAUCUCCUCGCUCUUUGUCGCCGAUUACCAGUGGCGGCUCGGUCACGUUGCGCUGCCAGCGGCGCAACGAACGUAUGCGCUCGAUCAGGUGAAUGUGCUCCGCUGCAACAGCGCCCAGCUUGUCCGACACUCCCUCUUUGCGGCCGGAUCGGGUGCCUCUGUCGCCAUCCCUGUUGUGGAAGAGGCACUCGCGCUGUUCAACGCCCUCCAUCGGACCCACAUUCGCUACAGCGACUUCAGCAGCUCGCUCCUUGAGACUCUGCGAUCCGAAGAUUACGUCUACGCCGUGGCGGACCGCGGUCUCUCACAGACCGAGCGCGUGGCCCAUCCAAACGCGCUUGUUCUCCCCAUGGUAGCUACCCCAGUCGUCCUCCCCUACAACGUGGAGCUCAAGCCCGGCGCCCCGCCGAGUCUGCCGCGGCUUACCCUCUCGCGCGCGCUUGUGGCCCGGAUUUUCAUGGGGCGUGUCUCAGUUUGGGAUGCGCCUGAGAUCGCGGCACUUAACCCCGAGCUCGCGCCGUGGCUCCCUAACACAACCGUCUGUGUGGGGCUUCUCUCGACGGCCUCGGGCUCGACCCGAAUCCUCACCGAAGCGCUCGCUUCGUUCUCGUCCGAGUGGGCGGCAGUCCUACCAGAGCCGAGCGAUCUUGUUCCGGCUGGCUUUUGGCCCGGCGAGGCCAGGGGCUCUGGCUGCUGGCACCGCUCCAGCUCGGAGACUGCCAUGGCCCGCUGGCUGCCUGCAACGCCCGGCGCAAUUGGCUUUGUCACCCAGGCUGUGGCUGACGCCGGCGGCCUGGUCACCGUGCAGCUGAUCAACGCUGCUGAAUCUGUUGUCGUCGCCUCGAGCACCUCGAUGAAGAAGACCAUGCUGGCUGCGGUCGCCCAGGUACCAGACGAGGCGGCGCAACCGUUUGUGCGAUCACUGGCCGACCUCGAGGCCCACGGAGCCUGGCCACUUGCCGGCUUUGCGUACUUUGUCAUAGAGGACAAAGCUGACGACACCCACUGCAACGAGCGCACUCUUGCUGCAGAGCUCUACUUCUGGUUGGCGACCUCGGUCGACGCGUUCGAUCUCGCGCAGGCUGCCAGUUAUACGCCGGUCGUCAAUGUCACGUUACAGGCUGCGGUGAGGCAGUUGCAAACCGCCACUUGCCACGGUGUCCCGCUCAUUGACCGGUGCGUGGUGUUUGGCGAGUGUGCGGCAAGCACUCCGCCCCCAUCACAGACCUCGCUGCUCCCGGUCAUUCUCUCGCUGGUGGCGUUGACGAUCUGUGCGUGCCUUGUUUGUUGUGUUGCUGCGUGCCGCAUUCAUGCGCGCGACGUGGUCGUCAAGCUCAAAGUAGAUGAGCAGCUCGUCAUUCCGCUCAACGAGCUCAAGGUGAGCAAGGUCCUGGGGACGGGCUCGUUUGGAACGGUGUAUCUGGCGACGUGGCGUGGCUCGCCUAUGGCGGUCAAGCACAUGCAUGGGAUGGGCAAGGACGACAUGGACCGGCUGGCCGACUUUGUGGCCGAGGCGCAAAUGCUGAUGGCACUGCGACAUCCGCACAUUGUACUGUUUAUGGGCAUUGUGGUCGACCCGGCAGGCCUUGUCACAGAGUUUGUCCCCAACGGAUCCAUGUUCUCGGUCCUCCACAACUAUGACUACAACCUCGAGGUCAACCUUGUCACGUGGUGGGCUCACUGCAUCGCACUCGGCAUGGACUUUCUCCACCACGCCGGCAUUGUCCACCGCGAUCUCAAGUCGCUCAACGUUCUCCUUGACGCCGGAUGGGUGCCCAAGAUCGCCGACUUUGGUCUCUCGUCGGUCAAGUCCGAGUCAACCGAGCAGCGCGCCAAGGUGUCGAAGCGAGUUCAACGGCGGCGGGCCAAGCAGUUGCGCAAGCUCCGCGGAACGCGGACGAGCUCAGGUGGUUCGUCCGUGGCCGCAAGCUCGACCGGCUCGGGCCCGCUGUUAUCGUUGCUUGCCACUGGAGACCCUAACAAUCCAAGCGGACCUGGCACCAGUAUGUCAACCGGUGCCUCGCUGGAGUCGGGCCUGCAGAUGCCGCUGAUGAUGGUGCAGGAGGCUGGUAACCUGGGCUCGCUCCUCUGGACCGCACCCGAGGUUCUCAACGAGGGGCCGAGCGCAACGUCCGAGGCGUCGGACGUGUACUCGUUCGGCGUGACUGUGUGGGAGAUGGUGACCCGGACCGAGCCGUACUUUGGCCGCAACCCAGUGACGGUAGCGAUCGAGGUCUCGGUUGGCGUCCUGCGGCCCUCACUGGAGAUUGUGCCCGAGUGGGCCAAGUCGCUCGUCCCUCACAUUGUCAAGUGCUGGGAUGGCGACGUUACGGUGCGACCGUCGUUUAGUGAGCUGGUCACUGCGCUCUCGCGUGCUUAUGAAGCGCGGCGGAUCGUAAUGCCGACCACCGUCGAGGCGCCCAAUGGGCGGAUGGUCCUGGUGCGGUUGAGGUCGUCCAUCGACGAAGACACUGUCCUGUCUGAACCGAAACGUGCCCAGUCAGUCCUCACCACCUUCCACUCGGCUGUAUCGAUGGCAACCAAGCUGAGCUCGACGCUGCUGGCCUCGUCAACACUCAACGAGGUCUUUGUGGCCUGUCAGGUUCCAGCGCAGCUGGUCAUGUUUCUCGACUCGGUCCUGGGCGCCAUGGCCGGUCGCGACGAGAUCACCGCCUUUGCCACCAUCGGUAUGAUCGAGACCCAGGGUGCGGUGUUCACGGGUUCGGACGAGGGCUCGCUGCGGGUUUUCGGCGGUGCAGGCCCGCUAGCGCUCGAGGAGAUGGUUUACAUGAUCAGUGACGACGCGCCGCCGGGCAUCUACAUCCACAGCUCACUCGUGCCCGACUUGACCGGUUACAUACACGCCGAGACCAAGAGCAAGCAGCCUUUCGUUGCAGUUGCUCCCAACGUCUUUGCCGGCGUCGGUCAGCUGCUUCGCGAGUCUGAGGUGCCGGCCGGCGAGAGCAUCCGGAGCGCUGUUGAGGAUGGGCCAAGCUCGUCGAUGGCCCAAGUGUCGAACACACAAGCCGAGACGGUCGAGACCUCGCCAAGCAGCGAUUCAGACGACGGCGUCGUUGAUGGCGGCAAGGUGUUGGCUACCCCGCCGUCGAUGACCCGAAGCGGCUCAACGGUGCUACAGCUGUCACGAAAGCGGAGACCCCGGCAAUUAGAAAGCGGGCUCCCAGUGCGACGGGCCGGUCUUCUCGCCUAUCACGAGCUUGGCGGCAAGUUCUUUGUCUCGCUCUCAGAUAUGCGUGGGGCGGUGCAGCGUGGAGUGGUCGGUGGCGUGGCUUCGUUUUGCAAGGCCAUCAUCUCUACGUGGGGAAACGACAAGGUGUUUAUCAAGCUCAUCCUCGAGCAGGAUGUGCCGGUCGUGUCGCGGGUCAGGUUUGCGUGCGGGAUUGCGCAAACGUACAAGGUGGCCAAGACAGUCGAUCCUGGCGUCAUUGUGGGGCCCAUCGCCAUGUGCAUCCACCGGCCGUACAUCGGCGUCGUAUAUCCGCUCAAGGUCCGUGGCUCGGUCCUUGACGUCAUCAUAAGCGAUGACAACAAUCCGCGGCUUACUCGCAGCAUUGCGAUUUCGCUCGCCAAGGCGCUCGCCGCGCUCCACGCCGUGGGUGGGGUGCAUGGGGCGGUCAAACCGACCAACGUCAUGCUCGACGCCGAAGAUGGAAGCCACGUCUCGCUUGCCGAUCUCAACUCGACCUCGCUCAAGACCGGCAUCUCCACCAUGACCAUGUCGCCGAUGGUGGCGUACAUGUCGCCCGAGGACCUGCGUGGUGUACCUGUGAUUGCCGAGUCGGACAUUUUUGCCUAUGGCUCGAUCCUCUACGAGCUGGUCACCCGGAGACAGGCCUUCUGGGGAUCGUCGGCCUUGGAAGUGGCACACGCCAUCCGGUCCGACACCCCUCCCGAUCUCUCCAUCUUUUCCUCGCAGCGACUCGUUCGGGUCCUCCAGUCGUGCUGGCUGCAGAACCCGCACGAUCGUGUCGGCGCCGCCACUCUAGUCGCGCUCCUCGAGGGUAUGGACGAGUCCGAGUUUGUCGGCGCGCAAAGAAUUGACGGCGAGUAUUCUCGGCUGCGGACGAUUGAUGUGGGACGAAUUGAUGACGAUGCGACGGAUGAUGUGGUGGUGGCUGAUGAGUUGUAUGGGCUCAUUGUGUGGUACAAGGGCAUUGCAGCUCCUGGAGGUGGUUGGGAGCCGCCAAGAGUGGCGACCUCGGCUGCGCCCAAUGUCUAUUUCUUCACACUCGCAGAUGUGGAUGGUGAUGCCGAUACAGACAUUGUCGCCGGCCUCAUUGAUGGUCCGGACCCUCUCCAUGGUCCAAACUCGGUUGUUUGGUACCGCAACGUUGAUCCUCGGGGCCUUUUUGAUCCGCCCAUUGUAGUGAGUCAGAUCGGCCGGUCGCCCGAAGCCGUGGCCAUUGCUGAUGUGGACGCCGACGGCGACAGCGACAUCAUCGUCGCCACCUGGAGCAUGCCGGCGAUGUUGUUCUGGGUGGCCAAUGUUGACGGUGAGGGCUCGUUCUUCUCAAGGGCACACUACAUCGCCAUCCGGCCGAAUGGGGGCUUCUCGGACAUUGUCGUUGCCGAUGUGGCUGGCAAGGGUCUGGUUGUUGUUGCUGCCAACGGCCGCGAGAACACGGUUGAACUUUUCUACAAGGCCGGGGAGCCUGCAUUUUUCGAGCAAUUUGCUUCCUUUAGCGCACAGCUCGACGUCAAGGCCGUUGCGCUUGGCGACAUUGACGGCGACGCUGCUCUCGAUGCGGUGAUGACCAACGACGACGGCGGUUCGGUGACAUGGGUGGCGAACAUCGGGUCAGUAGUUGGCCCUACGACUCCAGUCGCCGUCGACUCGGGCCUGGGCGAGCCGUAUGGGCUUGCGCUUGCCGAUGCCAUUGGCUCGUCGGCACUCGACGUUGUGGUGAGCCUCCGGGCCGCCAAUCUGGUCGUUGUGUACGAGAACCGCUUGGGUGGACCUUCGCCGCCAUGGGUGCAGCAUGUGGUCGGCUCCGACCUGGAAUUGCCGUAUGAUGUUGCGGUGGUUGACCUCAACGGCGACGGCCUGCUGGAUGUGGUCUCAGCGCACAGUGACAUUGAUGAGCUCUUUGUGUAUUUCGCCAACGGUGGAGGCUGGGACAGCAAAGUUCAGCUGAGCGCGUGGCCGACCGACCCGGGAGGGGUGGCGGCGGACGAUUUGGACGGUGAUGGCGAUGCCGACGUGGUGGUCGGCGACGGCAACGGCGAGAUCCGAGUCGCCUUUAACCUUGACGGCCGCGGUCGGUUCGGCCCAGCAGAGGUGGUUGUGGCCAAUGCUGGCUAUGUGGAGCACGUUGUAUUGGCCGAUGUAGACGACGACGGCGACGCAGACAUUGCGUGGGCUUCAAGCACCGGCAUCAAGCUCGCGUGGGUAGCCAACGACGGGUCGGGUAGCUUCUCGGCGCCAGUGGCUAUCGCGGUUGGCCUGAGUGCGCCGACGAAUCUUGGGUUUGUUGACCACAGUGGCGACGGCUGGCUGGACGUUAUUGUGGCAGACAUCGGCUUGGGCGCUGUGUUGUACAUUGAGCAGAGCGCCGGAGGGGGCAGCACGUUCGAACCAUCGGUUUUUGUCGAUGCGGCGCUCUUCCUGGCACGAAGCGUGACCAUCGGUGACAUCAACGGCGACGGCACGAGUGACGUGGUCGCCGGUACCAACGGCGAGGUCUUGGUCUGGUACGCUGGAGUCGGGACUAGCUUUGGCGCGGCGCAGGUCAUCGAUACUGCCGCAGGGCAGGUGAAGACUGCGGCGCUGGCUGAUGCCGACGGCGAUGGUGCGAUGGACCUCAUUGUGGGCGCGGCAACAAGGAACGCGGUUGUGCUCUACAUCAACAGCGACGGCACUGGUGGCUUUGCAGAAGGGAUGGUGCUAAUCAGUGGCACAAAGGGUAUCUAUGGCCUCGGAGUGGCCGACAUGAACGGCGACGGGUGGAUCGACAUCAUUGCGUCGGACACCGUUGAAGAGCGGCUGUUGUGGAUGGCCGGGCGCGGACGCGGGCGCUUUGAUGCGGUCAGUGUGGUCGACAGCGAGUCGACAGAGGUCAAGGCGCUGGCACUAGCCGACAUUAACGGCGAUGGGAGACUCGAUACGGUUGUGGCGACAACCGCGCACGCACGGCUGGUGUGGUACGCCACAGCGCCGGGCCAGGGAUUGGUACAGAGUGCAUUGGCAGGCUACUCGGAGCCCAACGUUCUGUUUUCAUCGCCCAACUCGGACCCGAACGGCUUGGCAACCGGCGACGUCAACGGCGACGCAUGGGUCGACGUCGUGGCUACCUUUUCGUCAGUUGGCACCGUCGGCUGGUUUGCCUCUGUCGAGGGUAGCGGCUUUACCUCGCUCAACGCUAUCGACACCGGGCUCAACAAGCCUGUUGCGGCUGCGCUUGGUGAUGUUGACCUUGACGGUGAUGCCGAUGUUGUGAUCGCCCUUCAGGGCGCCAAAGAGCUGGUGUGGUACGCCAACAGUGAUGGCAUUGGCACCUUUGUGCUCGGCGACUCUUCGCCAAUUGUCACCUCGCUAGAUUUGCUGCACGACGUCCAGCUCGCUGACGUGGAUGGCGAUGGGCAGCUCGACGUGCUUUGCUCGGCCUUUGAAGCGAUUGUACUCAUGCGUCGGGACAAUGCGCAAGGCUUUGAGCAAGCACGCGUAGUUGCGUCGCACAGCGGCGAAGCGUUCCAGGUAUUUGAGGUGACCGACAUGGACGGCGACGGGGCGCUCGAUGUGGUAAUGGUUCUUCAACUGGGAGAAGUUCUCGUGGCUGCGGGCAACGGCACUGGGGGCUUUUCCACCCCACGGACUGUGGUCGAGCGCGGGGGCGAGGCAACCGAUGAGCUGUUUGGCGUUGCGAGUGGCGACUUGAAUGGCGACGGCCUGCGCGACGUGGCAUUUACCGCCCGCGGCUCUGGUAUGGUCUCGUGGGCGGCGGCUGUGAACGCGACGGCAUUUCAAGAGCCAGUUGUGGUGGCCACCAACUUGACUACUGGCUUUGGGCCGAUGGCGGUUGAAGCGAGCGAUGCAGAUGGUGACGGUGACCUGGACCUUGUUGUGUCUGACAGUGUCAAAGUCAUGCUUUUCCACAACUUGGACGGACUGGGGCUGUUCUCUGGAGCCGAUCUUGUGGCGGAUGCGUCCGAGGUCAACCGCAUCCUCAUGAGCGAUGUGGACGGUGAUGGUGACCUCGACAUCUUGUUCACUUCAGAGGGUGCUGACCAGGUUGUGUGGCUGGCAGCGCUGACGCGAACAGCCUUUGCGACUUACGAGGGUACGGUGCAUCGCAUGAGCACCACGGCGAGCGAGUGCGGCGGUGAAGCGAUGCGGAACACGUUUGCGUGUCUGUGGAGUGUGGUUGAGCGGUCGUCGCGGUGCGUAGCUGCAACGAUCGAGCUCGAAGCAGGGGUCGAGUACGGAUGCCGAGUGGAUGCGCACGCCGAAAUCUCGCACGAGGUGCGGAUGUGCGAUGGCGGAGUGCUGUUUGUCGUGGACUCUGGUGGGCAGCUAACGCUUGACUCGGUGGAUGUCAACGGGUUGGGUGUGGCGAGGGGCGUCCUGUUUGGCGCACCGGGCCUACGUGUUGACGCGGACGGGAUAUUGGCGCUUGCCAACGUGACAGUAGCUAACGCCAGCGUGGUCGAGCCGGUGGUCGGGACGACGACGCUGGAUCUCGGCGUUGGCGGUGCGGUGGCGGUACUGAACGGUGGCACGCUAACUGCAAGUGACUCGGCGUUCCGCGGGUGCAGCGCGGCGGUGACCGGCGGAGCGAUCGUGGCGCGCGGCGGCGGAGCCAGUGUGGUCCUCGAGCAGACCGAGAUCACUCUUUGCAGCGCGAGGCGCGGCGGAGGGCUGGCGGCCGAAGCGGGGGCGCUGGUGACGGUGCGGCAGAGUGCGAUUGUUGGGUGCACGGCGAGUUUUGACUCGGGCGGCGGGGUGUAUGUCGGCGAAACGGCGACGAUGACGGGCGAGCAAGUGUUGUUUCAGAAGAACAGGGCGGAGCGCGGAGCCGGUGGUGGAGUGUUUGCCAGUAGCGCUGGGAGCGUGUCGCUGGCUAGUUGCGCGAUCGAGGACAAUUCAGCGCAGUUUGGUGGCGGGCUUGCGGUGCUUGCGGCGACCGCCGGGGUCGGGAUCAGCGCCGGCACCGUGGUUGACUUUCCGACGCUAGAUGGGGCGGGGGGCGCAGAGGUUGUGGUGGCGAUGACCGAUGUGACGCUGGUGCGGAACCAGGCCAGCAGCUACGGCGGCGGGCUGGGCGCGUGCGGCGGACGAGUUACUGUGAGCGGGGCGAGGACGGUGGCAAGCGGCAACAAGGCCGGGCGUGGCGGCAGGCUGGGAUCGUCAUCGACGGGCUUUAGCUGUGGACGUGAGGCAUGGGUGACAGUGGCAAGCGAUGCCAGCGGUGCGGUGGCUGUUGACGGACCGGUCGUUGAGCUUUUGGUGUCUGCGGCGCCAGCGGCCGAGGUGAUGGCCGGGCAGUCGCUGACAGCCGAGAUUGUGGGCCGCGACGGGGCUGGACGCAACGUGACGUACGUCAACGUAGCAGUGACUGCCGAGUUUGCGGGUGACGGAUUGGUGCUCGGCGGCGAUGCGGAGAACACCAACUUGGCGAGCCACCCGGCGAUUGUCCGCGGAGUGCCGCUGUUUGUGCAGGCCGGGAGUGAGGCGACGCUGCGCGGAGUAGAGUGGACGUACGCGGUGGUUCAGGCGAGCGGAGGCAGCGGAGCGCGGGUGAGGAGCGCGACGGGGACAUCACAAGUUGUGGCUUGCGGCGACGGAUGGGGUGGCGGGAGUGCGGCGGGCGUGGAGGAUGCGCUGACGUGCGAGGCAUGCGCAGCGAACGAGUACUCUGCCGAGCGGUCGUUUGCAGCGUGCCGCGAUCUUGUGCCAUGCGGAGCGAACUCUGUGGACGCGGCGACGCCCGGCUCUUUCUUCCCGUACUGCGUGUGCGGAGCCGGGUUCACGAUGGAUCCCUCGAGCAGUGCGCUUGGGGAGAGCUACCUUGUGGCGUGUGGGCCAUGUCCCGAGGGCGCAGUGUGUGCGCUCGGGCGAGGUCCGCCCGUGGCGGCACCGGGAUUCUUUGCUGUGGGCAACGCGACAGGGUUUGCGCGAUGUCGGCGGCCCGAGGCGUGCGCGGGAGCAAGCAGGUGCACGCGCGGCCACACGGGGUUUAUGUGCAACGAAUGUGUGGAUGGGUUCUACUCGGACAGCUCGCUGCGAUGCCGCAAGUGCCCUGGUGUGUCUGUGGGCCUUAUGGCCGGAGCGGUGACUGCGGCGGUGGUGGCCGGGCUGAUGGCCGGGCUGGGAGUUGGGCUGAUGAUCAAGCGGCGGCUGACGACGGGCAAGGAGAACGUGCUGCGACAGCGGCUUGUGCCGCCGUCUGCGUCGAUGGUUCUUGUGGCACUGCAGGUGCUUGCGCUCCUCGGCGAGGCGCAGCUUGGAUGGACGGCGAGGUCGCGGGCAGUGCUCUCGUGGUUUACGAUUUUCAACGUGGACGCCAACGUGUUUGCCAGCGAGUGCGCACUGACGUCGUUCCACGCCAAGUACGUGGCGUCUGUUUGCGUCCCGCUCCUUGCGCUGGGAAUGGCGCUGCUGGGGCUUGCGAUCGGGCGGGUAGCGAUUUGGCGGGCUCAGCUGGCGACGCUCGGCGUCGGCGCGAUGGUCGACGGCGUGCUGUUUUCGUUUGCGCCGUUGCUCUACAUCCCCGUGGCGCGGGCGGCGCUUGUGAUCUUCGACUGCGCGCAGCUGCCCGAUGGCGAGUGGGUGGUGGACAGCGAUCCCGGAGUGGCGUGCUUUGACGGGCGGUGGUGGCAGGUGGCGCCUUUUGGGAUGGUGUUUGUGUGCGUUUACGUGUUCGGCGUGCCAGGCUACUUUGUGGCUGCACUCGCCCGGCAGCGACAGAACUUGCUUGUGACGGAGACACUCGCGCGAUACGGGGCGCUGUACCGGCUGUACCGGUUGCCGUACUACUGGACCGGGGUGGCCGAGCUCGGUAAGCGGCUGGCGAUUGUGCUUGCGGGUGUGUUCCUCACCGAGUACCAGCUGGCGCAGAUUGCGCUCCUGCUUGUGGUGCUACUCACAGCUGCUGUGGCGGUCCGUGCGCACCAGCCGUACUACUUUCCGUUGUACAACAAGCUCGAGUUCCGGCUCAAUCUCGUUCUUGUCUGCGUUGUCCUUCUGGGCUCAGGAUCGUACGCGGAGCGGCACAACUCGGACUCGGAGGUCAUGUUUGUGGGGCUUGUUCUUGCGCUGGUGGUGCUUGUGGUGGUCGGGGGGUUGGGCGUGGUGGGCGAUGUGCGGCAGAUUGCCAGCGCGCGCCGCAGCGGCGGGUACUCUGCCGAGGCCGAGCGACAGGCGCAGGUGGCGGCGUACCUCGUGCGCGAGCUCCCGGAUCUGCCUGCCGAGGCGGCGGCGGCACUGCGUGGGUUUGUGGAUGGCACAGCAGUGGAUGUCGAGAUGGAGAGUCUGGUGUAGGUGUAGGCUUUGAUAACAACUAGGCGAUGACGAUGCCGAGGUCGGCACAGUCCUGGGCACAGCGUGCGGUGACGGCUGCGGCCAGAUCAGCGUCCAAGGAGGCGAGGUACUGGCGGAGGGCGAGCUGGCGACGGGCGCGCUGUAUGUCCUGAUACGUGUCGUUAGAGACGUAGUAAUCCUCGGACGGAUUGAGGGAGCAAUGGAGGACGUGAGUGUGGGCAUCGUCGCCGCAGUCUGCCAGGCAGAGGGCGCAGAAGGCGGCGUUGCACUGGGUGCAGACAAGGGCUGCGCAGCCGGUAAAGUCAAAGAAGGCCGCA